AUGGAGUGCCAGAACGCCAGAACGCCAGAACGCCAGAACGCCAGAACGCCAAAGCCACGCCAAAACGCCAAAACGCCAAUAUGCCAAUACGCCAAAACGCCAAAACGCCCUACGCCAUACGCCAAUACGCCAAUAAACCCGCCAACACUCUACUUACUGCACGUUAUUGCAAUUAACCAGCCGUACACUUGUUCCCGCCCACUUUAUUGCCGUCUCGACCUUGUCGAGUGUCGACAUGUGUCUCGCCUUGACUCGAACAUGGUGUGGAUGUACGCGCACACAGCUUGCACAGCCACAGCCGCCUGCAAAAGCCCGAGGACACCAAACCAACAAAAUAGCCCUAACAGGGAAGUCAGAAAGGAGCCAGGUGGAGCAGAAAGAGGAUAUGACAGCAGGGCAGGGGAAAGUACAUGGGGAUGGUAUGUGAUAUGAGACGGGGGAGGAGACGGAG